AUGCACAAGAGCAACCAGGAGCUGAGCGUGCCCAAGGUUGUGGGGGACUUCAAGGUGUACAACGUAAGCGGCUCCCCAUUCGAGGUUCCGUCCAAGUACACGCUGCUCAAGAUCCUUGGCAUGGGUGCCUACGGUAUCGCGUGCAGCUGCUUGGAUGGCGACACUGGCGAGAAGGUGUCCAUCAAGAAGUGUCGCGACGUGUUCCGCGAUGUCGAGGAUGGCAAGCGAGUGCUGCGCGAGAUCGACAUGAUGCGCUUCUUCCACCACGAAAACCUGCUCAAUGUGGUGAACAUUUUGCCUCCGCUGAAGUGCGAAUACCACAGCUUCGAAGACGUGUACGUCGUCACUCCGCUCAUGGACGUAGACAUGAAUGUCGUACUGCGCUCUCGACAGGUGCUGGAGGAGUCGCACAUGCAGUACUUUGUCUACCAGAUUCUGCGGGGCCUCAAGUACCUGCACAGCGCGAACGUCGCCCACCGAGACUUGAAGCCAGCCAACCUUGUCACAAACAUCUCUUGUGAGCUCAAGAUUAUAGACUUCGGGCUGAGCCGCAGCGUCGAUGUGCCGUACUCGGAGCUUACGGAUUACGUCAUCACGCGCUGGUACCGCCCGCCGGAGCUGCUUCUGGAGAACACGAACUAUUCCACCGCAGUCGACAUAUGGUCUGUUGGCUGCAUCUUUGCUGAGAUGUACAACCGUAAGCCCGUUUUCCCAGGUCGAAAUACGAUGGACCAGCUGCGCAUGAUCGCGCAGCACAUUGGCAAGCCGCCGGCCAGCAUCGUCGAGCACCGCGAGGCGCUGGAGAAGCUGAAUGAGCUGCCGGGCGGGUCGCUCAACAUUCCUAAACUCGUCCCCGGGCUGGCUGGCAACACGGAGGGCAUAGACUUUCUCUCCAAGAUGUGGACGCUAGACCCGAGCAAGCGUCCGACCGCGGCUGACAUGCUCGCGCACCCAUACCUGGCCCACCUGCACGACGAGGAAGAUGAGCCGGCCUGCCCCUGCCCCUUCCUGUGGGCACAUGAGAGCACCCCGAUGGGCGUCUCGGAGCUUCGUCGCGCCUUCUGGGCCGACAUUGUCGACUACAACCCGUCUCUGGAGCACGCCACGCCUCCAGCGACAACGGCUGGUGGCAGCAGCUCAAAGAACGGUAGCGGUCACCAUCACUAG